AGAACUACAGUGAUGAAGGUCCCUCAAAGUUAUGACUGAGGAGAUGACAUUUUCAAGAACGGUGCAAACAGGAGUGACCUUUGCUUCCUCAUUUUUAUAUCUUGCUGCCCUGCUGCCUGAGGCUAUUAAUUAACUAGCUGUGUUUGCGGAAGCGCUCAGCCAUUGAAACCAACGGCUACACUGUGUGAGGGGGGUUCUGCCUCAGACAGAUCCUACCAGCGAGGAAGAUGUCCACCCGGUACCACCAGGCAGCUGCCGACGGCAAUCUGGACCUACUCAGAGAAGCCACCAGAAAAGACCUGAACACUUCAGACGUGGAUGGGAUGACACCGACCUUGCUGGUGGCUUACCAUGGCAACCUGGAGGCUAUGGAAAUAAUCUGCCGAAGAGGAGGUGACCCAGAUAAGUGUGACAUUUGGGGGAACACUCCCCUCCACCACGCUGCUGCAAAUGGCCACAUCCAUUGCAUAACAUUCUUAAUCAAUUUUGGCGCCAAUAUCUUCGCCCUGGAUAAUGACAUGCGUUCUCCUCUCGACGUGGCUGCCAGCAGGAACCAAUACGAAUGUGUCAGGAUCCUCGACACUGCCGCUACUGAGCAGAACCUCAAGAAUCCCAAGAGAGUCUCUCAGCUCAAGACCCAGGCUCGGCGCGAUGCAGAAAAGCAAAUCCGUGAAUGUGAGAGGCGUCAGGAGAAACAUGAACACGAAAUGGCCAGGAAUUUCAGCAAAGGAUCCAUGCAUUCAAAGAGGGGGACAGCCACGAGGACGAAAGUCUCCAGUUUCUUUGCACCCAUUUCACUGGGCACAUUGCCCAAACAGCUGAAAGACACCGUCAAGCGAAGGAUGAAAAAGAAAGAGGAGAAUCUUGAGGGUCAAGAAGCAAAUGCCCAAGAGGGAGGCAUCCCAGCCGGACGAACCGCCGUGAUGGAUGUGUUCAAUGAAGAAGACGAGGAUGACCUGACCAAGGACUUCCAAAGAAAAAACGGCAUUUCUGAAGAUGACGACGAGCUGGGCCAAAGGUCCAUCUUCCACCGGCCGGGUCUUGGCAACAUUGUAUUUAAAAACAACUUGCCCACCAUGGGCAAAAACUUUGACGCGAUGAUGCUCGAGAAAGAAGGCAUGAGCUUCAAAAUGCCCGAUGAGCUGCUUCAGUUCAAAGAGCCUGAAGAUGACGGUAGUGACGCAGAUGCGGAGAACAAUCCAGAAGAAUCUUGGAUCGAAGAAGAAAUCGGGUGGGAUGACGGGAAAGUGGAGACCACUCCCCUGGAGGUGUUUUUGGCAUCCCAGAACCUGAACGAAUUCCUUCCCAUCUUGAUGAGGGAAAACAUUGAUUUAGAGGCCCUCGUGCUUUGCUCAGAUGAAGACCUGCGGAGCAUUCAGAUGCAGCUAGGCCCAAGGAAGAAAAUCCUUCAUGCAGUUGACAGAAGAAUGCAGGCUCUGGCAAACCCGGGCAAGGCUGGGGAUACGCAGUUAUAAACCAUGAAGUUCCUGUGUUGCAAUAGCUCCACCAAAACCGCUGCAGGGUGCAGCUGUUGCAAUGUGACGACUGCACCCUGCAGGGUGUUAGAUCAGGGAUGAGGAACCAGUAACCAUUCAUCUGUUGGACUCAAACUCCCUUCGGCAUGGCCAGUGAGUUGCAGUCCAGCAACAAUUUGAAGGGACACAGCUUCCUCAUUCAAUGUGUUUAGAUUCGAGACAGCAGGGGAUUUGAGCUUUUUGAAGCCAUGGUGCAACUUAACAGGUUCAGCUGUGGUCUGCAUGGUGAUUGUUUAGUGGUUCAGAUACAUGCAUAGGACUGGUUCCUACAAGGGGAAAGGGUAUCGCCACUUCCGUGAUCAUAAUAGCAAUUAAGGUUUCUACAGGUGAUCUUUAUAUGAAAAAGCGUUGCGUGUAGAGACAGGAGCAGGAGGAGGUCAUACAUGCAAAUGAACCCCAUAUUAUUAUUGCUAAUAUUAUUAUUUAUUAAAU